UUUAUUGUCCACAACCUGAUCGACCAAUAAAUCAGCCGUAGCAUUCGAUCUAGAUCGAUCGUAGGUUGGGGACAUCCAUGUCCGCCAAAACCCAAGCAAAAAAAACAAGACUUACCCGACCUAAUAAUGGCCCAACGUGAACGUUGGUAUUUUACAAAAGAUGAACUCGAGAAUAGUCCCUCAAGAAGAUGUGGAAUCGAUGCCGAAAAAGAACUUUCAUAUCGACAACAAGCAGCUAAUCUUAUUCAAGAUAUGGGCCAAAAAUUGAAAGUAAAUCAACUGGUAAUCAAUACCGCUAUUGUUUAUAUGCACAGAUUUUACACUCAGCAUUCGUUCUCUCGGUUCCAUCGUAAUUCCAUAGCUUCUUGUGCACUAUUUCUUGCAGCCAAAGUUGAGGAGCAACAUCGAAAACUUGAACAUGUCAUCAAAGUUGCUCAGAUAUGUUUGUACCGGGAAAAUCUUGAUCCACGUAGUGAGCAAUUUCAGGCACUUGCCGCCGAAUUGGUACAUCAUGAGAAUUUAAUGCUACGGACGCUUGGUUUUGACCUCAGUGUACAGCAUCCCCACACCUAUGUAGUCAAUUGUUUUGAUCUUGUUCGAGCCAAUAAAGAUUUGGCUCAGGCAUCGUACAUAAUGGCAACAAACAGCCUGCAUUUGACAACGAUGUGUUUGCAAUAUAAACCAACCGUGGUCGCCUGUAUCUGUGUAUAUUUCGUCUGUAAAUGGGCAUCUUUCGAGCUUUCAAGAUCUAUCGAAGGUCGUGAUUGGUGGACCUAUGUUGAUCCUAAUGUCACUCAAGAAAUGCUCGAAGAAUUAACCGGGGAAUUUUUAUCAAUAUUGAAAAAAUGUCCUUCGCGAUUAAAAAAGAUAUUAUCAUCAAGUCGUUUGAAUCCUAUUAUACCCAAUAGUCCAUCAACGAAACCAAGCGAGUACAAACGAACGAGUGAACACACCAGCAUCAGUGGUAAUAGACCUCAACAUCAUCAUUCGCAUCAUCAUCAAAAUUCCUCCAUACCGGCACAGAAAAUGUCACCCAAAGAUCCCAAAUUCUCAUUGCAUGUCAAUAAUGUUCGAUCAUCCAUACCAUCAGGAAGUCAUGGCCCUGGUAUUGAUCAUCAUCAAUCACAUCAUCAUCAUCAUCAUUCUCAUCAUCAACAUCAACAUAAUUCAGAACAACCAAUUCAUCAUCAUGGUUCCAAACAAUCACAAUCAAACGUGACAUCAAAACAGCAACAUUCAUAUGCAAACUCAUCUUCGAAAUCUGCUGCUGGAAAAAAUCCUGCCUCAUUAGAAUCAUCAUCGAUGGAAAAAAUGAAGAAAGAAUCAUUACCGAAUGACAAUAAUAAUAAUCAUAAUCAUAUUAGCAGUAAUGUUCCAAAUUUAAAAUCCAAUUUAUCUGUGAUAUCCUCCUCAAGCAACAACAAUACUAAUAACAAUAGACUUACAGGCAGUAACAAUCUCAAUAACAACAAUAAUGAUGUCAUAAGCCAUAGUAACAAUAAUUCGUUUAAUGAUCCGUUAUUUCCAAUUGAUUCACAUUUAUCAAUGUUCUCACCGGGAUCAGAAUAUUCCGAUUAUUCACAAACAAAAAAAGAUUCAUUUGCUGAUUUUAAAAUGGAAUUCUCUGAUAAUGAAGAUUCGACAAAUUUCAAUUAUUCAUUACCUGGUCUUGGAUCAUCAUUAAUAAUGAUGAACGAUUCAAAUGAGGAUACCAAAUCAAAUGUUUCAAAUUCUUUUGAAUUUUCCAGCACCACGAAUCAUAAAUCGUAUAAUAAUAUAAGCAACCCUGUUGGAGGAAAUACUGAUUUAAAAUCGUCUUCAUCGUUGCCGUUGUUCAAUGAAUUGGCUUCGACUGCAAAUAAUAAUCAUCACAAUCCAACCCCAUCCUUAUCACAAUCAUCUUCAUUGUCCAAUCUUUUACCAAACAAAGAUACCGAAUCAGAACCAUUGGAAGAUAAAUCCUUACAUUCAUCAGUGAGCAAAUCAUUGUUGAAUACGGCAUCCAAGAUUCCAACAGUGUCAACGAAUCCUGUGAAUACACUUGAUUCGAUUAUAGGAUCACUCACUAACAAUAGUAAUGUUGAUUCGAAAUUAUUGCCAUUACAAUUGCCCAUUGGAACUAAUCAACCAUCAACAGCAGUGCCACAAGCAGCGGCUGCAUUCAAUCAAUUAAUAUCUGAUACUUAUCAUUCAUCACAACCACCAUUAUCAACAACAUCGGGCAUCAAUAGUCUAUUGCUAGAUGAUGAACUAUCAAAACAUUCAUCGACAUCAUUUACGCAAAAUCUUCAUCAUAAAGAUAAACAUAAACACCACAAAGAGAAACAUAAACACAAAGAUAAACAUCAUAAACACAAACAUAAAAAAGAUCGUGGUGAUGGACAUCACCAUCAUCAUCGGCGAACAUCCGACGCAUCGUCAUCAUCGUUUGCUUUGAUACCAGAUGGUGAUGGUGAUGAUCGAUUAAUUGAUCAAGUCAAUCGACCUCCACCAAUCAAAUUAAAAAUACGUAAAAAUGAUCUUUCCACCGAAAUGGAUCAACGGCCGUCGACCAUUGCCGAUCAAUCGCCCACAUCCGCUGCUACUGUUCCACCUGCAGCACCGCUAAAAUUAAAAAUUAAUUUAAAACAAAAAAAUAUUUCAUCAUUUGAACACCAGCAACCAUCAAGCAAAAAAAGAAGAAAUUGAUUAUACAAUGACCGAUUCUAUCGUUUGC